AUGGGCAAGCAGACCAAAUCGACUAAGAAGUUCGAAAAGAAGCAUCUCAAGGACACAAUCGAUCGACGCAAGGAGUUUGCGAAAAUUAAACAGCGACACCAAAAGAACGACAAGAGGAAACAACGAAAUGCUCAACAGGCAACUGAGCACGAUUCCGAUCAGGACGUAGAAAAAAGCGUUGCUAAGCACGAAGACGUGAACCAAGAUGCUUUCUUCCAGGACGCCCCACCUGUACCUAGCGCAAAGCCGGGUAAGAAGCAGCCACAACCAGCAAAUGGCAAGAGAAAACAUACCGAAAUAGAGGCCGAAGAUGCUAUAGAAGAACCUGCUCAGGACGUCGAGGUAGAUGAUGCAGAGGAUGAUGAAAUUGAUAUGGCCGCCCUGGCCAAAAAAGACCCCGACUUUCAUAAGUACUUGCAGGAAAAUGAUCCAGAACUGCUCGACUUCAACGAGCAGGACAAUCUGGAGGAUCUCGAGGUUAGUGAGGAAGAAGACGCACGGCCAAAUAAGAAGCGCAAGACAUCCAAGGAAGAGCCUGUCGUAUCUUCAGUCACAACAGAUAUGGUCAAGAAGUGGAAGAGUGCAAUGCAAGAACAACAUUCAAUCAGAUCGUUAAGAGAAACCGUCCUGGCUUUUCGCGCUGCAGCUCAUAUGGACGACGAGGAAACUAAGGACCUCAAGUAUGUCAUUCCCUCAAGCGACGUCUACCACGAAGUCCUGGUCACAGCUCUGAAAGAUGCUCCGAAAGUGUUGGCUCAUCAUCUGCCUGUCAAGGAGUCCAAGGGAGGCAAGCUCACGGUCCCAACGAAUUCGGCUCAAUUCAAAAGACUGUCACCCUUAAUUAGAACGUUCGCGACAUCGAUCAACCAUUUUCUUCCAAGCUUGUCAGAUCCAGCCACCAUAAGAAUGACCCUGCAAUCCUUCGAGCCUCUCCUGCCAUACCUUCUGCAGUUUCGCAAAUUCCUCAAGCAGAUCCUGAGAUCUGUCGCAAGUAUUUGGUCCGACAACACUUCGGACGAGGCAACGCGUAUUACAGCUUUCCUCAUAUUACGCAGGCUACUCACUAUCGGCGACGCUGGUAUCAAGGAAGCAGUUCUCAAGGCAACCUAUGAACAGCUGAUCAAGGGCUCUCGAAACACCUCGGCCCACACCAUCGCUGGCAUCAACUUGAUGAAGAACUCCGCUGCUGAGCUUUGGGGUCUAGAUCAGAAGGUAGCCUAUACAACUGGAUUUACCUACAUUCGCUCAGCCGCUAUGCACUUACGAACGAACGUGACCAAACCAACAAAAGAUUCGUACAAGACGGUCUACAACUGGCAGUUUAUUCACAGCCUUGAUUUCUGGAGUAGAGUGCUUUCCAUGCAUUGCAACUCACUUCUUGAAGCCCAAAACGGGAAGCCGUCGGAACUGAGACAGCUGAUUUAUCCAGUCGUUCAAAUCACUUUAGGCGUCAUGCGACUGAUCCCCACCCCAACAUACUUCCCACUUCGUUUCCAACUCAUCAGAGCCUUGCUACGAAUAUCACAAUCCACAGGCACAUACAUCCCACUCGCUUCCGCCCUUCUCGAAGUCCUAAACAGCACCGAGAUGAAAAAGCAAGCCAAAAACACAACAACCACUCUCAAACCACUCGACUUCUCCAUCAACUUCCGCGCCCCAACAAGCUACCUCAAAACCCGCGUCUACCAAGACGGUCUAGGUGAACAACUCCUCGAACUCUUUUCCGAAUUCUUCGUCCUCUGGUGCAAGAGCAUCGCUUACCCGGAGCUCCAAUUACCUGUCACCGUCAUGCUCAAGCGCUGGCUGAAAACAGCGAGCAAGCAAAGUACCGGCAACAAGAACGGUAAACUCAAUCAGAGUCUGCUUCUGCUUGUGCAGAAAUCAGAGGCGAAUGCUAAGUGGAUUACUGAGAGGCGGAAUAAGGUUACUUUCACUCCGAGGGAUAGAGCUGAGGUUGAGGGUUUCUUGAAGGACGUUAAGUGGGAUGAUACGCCUAUGGGUGCGUUUGUGUCGGGCCAACGACAGUUUAGGGAUAGGCGGCAGAAGACUGUUGUUGAGGGGAGGGAGGCCGAGGGCAAGAGGAGAACGAAGGAUAAGAAGGGAAAGAAUGAGGUGGACGAUGAGGACGAGGACGAUAUUGAGGUUGUAUAG